AUGCCGGGCCUGCUUCUACAGCCGAGCCACAUGUCCACCGGGCUGCACAACUCGCCCUCAGCUCGAACGGCCGACCCGACAACUGCACCGCCUCUCGCACCUCAACCACCAUCCCGCUCGCUCGAGGGCACCAGCGCCACGUUGGAGCGCUGGCGAGAAGACGCAGACGAUGGCGCAGACGAUGGCGAUGGCGACUGGGCGAUGCCCGUGUCGCGCAAGGAGGUCAAGGGCAAGGCGCGAGCGGUGCCGGGCGACGAGUCGGCGCGAGGGGACGAGGUGCGGGAGGACAUGGCGGCCCUGCGGGCAAGGCGUGCAGUCGCCUCGGAGAGCUGGGACGACGACUUCGACUUUCACGCGCCGCCUUUAGCGUCGCCGCGACGCGUCAGCUCUCGAGCUGCUUCGUCCUCGCGAUCACGGCCGACGACGCCGUCCCACCGUCAAACCUCGUCCGCCUCACACGCCCCGUCGGCCCCGUCCUCGCGGCACGGCAGCCCAGCCGCCUCGCCGAGACGCGGCUUGUCCGUCGGCGGCCCCGCCACCCUGUCGCUCGACUCGCUCGCUUCGUCCAUUGCCUGGAGCUCCGACCAAGAGCCGACCGUCACCGUCCUGUCGAGCACGCCGGCCGCCGCCGUUGCGCCCGUUCCGACCACCCCGCGCGAGCCGCACCAGUCGCAUCGACCCUCGGCAUCAACCGCAACAGCUCGCCCUGCCCUGUCUCGCCAGACGACGCCCCGUACUCGCAUCCCCAAGCUCUCGCCGAGCCUCUCGGUCGGCGCCCAGCAGCCGUCGUGGACCGACUCGGCGCCCUACACCGACUCGGACUACCGCGCCGACACGCCGUGCCUCACCGAGGACAGCUUCAACAGCCUCACGACGGCUGAGGACGAGCUCGUCACCGAGCACGAGGGCGACAGCACGCGCGAGGUCGCAGCCGCUCGGCCCUCGGCACCCGUCGUCGAGGCGACGUUCGGCUCUCGGCUCAAGUCGAUGAGCGGCAGCAAGAAGUGGAGCUUCGGCCGGCGAGCAAGCGUCGUCCAGGUCGCGCCGGUGCAGCACCAGCAGCAGCAGAUGCCGCCACCACUGCCGCCGAGCUCGAGGCGAGCGGGCACGCCCGAGGUCAUGGUCGUCGACCGGCACGAGCUGCCGCGCGCUCGGCUGUCCAACUCGCCGCGCUCGAACCUGCCGAGACCCGUGUCGCGCUCGACGGCCGGCGGCAAGGGCAGCGGGAGCACGAUCGGCUCGACGUCGUCCGCCGUCAAGGCGCAAGAGCAGCAGCAGCGUGCCCCGCACUCGAGCAGUACCUCAACCUCGACCUCGUCGACGUCGGCGGGCCGCGCUCGACGCACGAGCCUGCAGUUUGCCCCGGCGCCGCUCGUCCCGCCGUCGUUCCUGCGGCGCGGCUCGCUCGCCUCGACCCGCUCGCCGUCCGAGUCGGUCGCCGUCAGCUGGCGCGAGUACUCGGGCACGACGACCGAGGGCGACGAGGACGAGGACGACGAUGGAGAGACGACGGGCGCCGACCUGAGCGACUUCUCGGGCGACGAGGGCGCGCGCAGGCCGCGUCGUCGAGUCGCUCGCGGCGCAAAAGGCCCUGCGAGGCUCGGCGACGCCAUCACGCCCUCGACGAGCUUCGCCACGACGAGCACGCGCCCCGUGUCGCCCGUCGACUCGAUCCUCGGCGGCGACGGCUCGCGGUGGAACGCGAGCCAGGUCUCGUUCGCGUCGUCGGCAUCGGCGUUCGCGCUCCGCAGCGCCCCGUCGAGCACGUUCGUCGCAGGGCCAGGCGCCGACGCGACGCACGGGCAAGGGCACAAGCGCAAGCUCACCAAGCGCCGCCCGUCGUCGGGCCUCUCGCCCAGCUCGAGCGCGCACGACCACCUCGUUGCCGGCUCGCUCGGCACCGCCAGCGACCGCCCGCUCCUCGCCCCUGCCAUUUUCUCCAACUCGUCGGGCGGCAGCUCGCAGCCGUCGUCGAGCCGCACCGUCCUGCACCGCGCCCGCUCGUACCAGCGCCCACCCCCUCCCGCCCUUCCUUUCGCCGACGACUCGGACGCCGAGCGCGCUCCGCGACAGCGCAGCGUCACGAACCCGGUACGGCAGCUGUCGCAGGGCGGCGGCGAGCGAGGGCAGGUCGUCGAGGUCGAUGAUCCCGAGUGGCUCGGCGUCAUGCCCUUUCCGCCCUCGCCUCCGGCGUCGCUCGAGACGCGCACCCUGUCGCCGGCAUCGGCCGCGCCGCUCGCGGCCCCGCCGUCUCGGUCGUCGCGCAUGUUGCGCAAGGUGUCGGGCGCCGCGCCCAAGUCGCACCCGCCCGUGACGGGCCGCACGCAGGGCGAGGCCAAAGCGCGGCGCGGCAGCGGCCUCGGCCAGGCCCUGUCGAGCCUGCUCUCGCGCUCGACGUCGGCUCUGCCGCUCGGCGGCGGCGAGAACGGCGGCGGCAAGCGUGCGCCGAGCCCGGCGCCGUCGGGCAAGUCGGGCAAGUCGGGCAGGAGCGGGCUCUUGCGCAGGCCGUCGAGCAGGGCGUCGAGGGUCACGGCGGACGAGGCGAGCACACCGCCGUUGCCCAAGUCGCCGUCGUUGAGCGCACUGCGCAAGCGCUCGUCCGUCUUUGGGCCAGCGCCGCCACUGCCGACGUCGGCCUCGUCACCCGUCCUUCCCGCGCCAGCAUCCCCUCGGCCCCUCCUCUCGACCACCUCGUCCUCUCCCGCCGCAGUGCCGCGGUCGAGCUCGACCUUCUCCUUCCUGCGUCGCCCUCGCGCCUUUUCGCGUACGGCGACGAAGGAGGCGCCCGUCUCGCCCGUCCUGCCGCAGGAGCGCUCGUCGCACCAGUUCUCGCUCGACGACACGCCUCGACCCGCAUCUCGACCCGCCCGAGCGCCUCACCCGAGCGCGCCACCAGCCGACGUUCCUGUUCGCAAUGCGCAGGCGCCGACAGCUCCUCGCGAGCAGCUCAACCCCGAGUUCAAGAUGCCUCGCUCCGUCAGCAACGUCUCGGCCUUCUCGUCGACCGCGAGCGGCACGGCCGACGCGACCGAGUCGACCGUCAUCGCGCUCGGCUCCCGCAACGUCGCGGCGACCCGUCUCGAGCGAGGACGAGCGCACGGCGACAUCCCGCCGGUACCUCCGCUCCCGCGUCACGUUCGAGCACGCCCCGGCGCGGCCCCGGUCGGCCACCGCCCGUCCGCCUCGCUGUCGUCCAUCAUGCCCCUGCGUGCGGCGUCGCCUCGGCCGUCGCUCGUCCGGGCUCAGCCCUCGACGCCCGAGCAGCGUCUCGCACUCGACGAGCCUCUGCGCCCCUUAACGGCGCUCGGCGGCCCGGUCGACCGCGGCGGCGACGGCGACAACGAGCUCGACUCGGGCGACGAGCUCGCGCUCCCGAGGCGCAACAGCCUCGGCGACCUGCGCAUCCCGGCGCGCAUCACGAACGCCCAGAAGAAGAUCGAGGAGGACCUCGAGCGCGUCAAGCAGUUCGCCAAGGCCGUCGAGGAGCUCAAGGCGCUCCGCCGCCAGUACGACCAGCUCAUCUACGUCUUUGCCGAGCCGACCACGGCGCCGACGCACGUUCCGCAAGAGCGUCCCUCGGCCGACGCGCUCCACAAGACGGCACAGGCGGCUCGCCGCGUCGAGAUCGACUACUCGGCGUGGUGGGAGCAGGCGCAGACGCUCAUCGACCUCGGCGACGGCAAGCCGGCCAAGGACAAGGCGUCGCCGGGCACGCUCGCGAGCAGGCGGGACCGCUGCGUUUCGCUCGCGCCCGAGGUGACGCCGCCUCGUCGAGCUCGCUCCGUCCUCGCCCUCCCGUCCGAGUCGGAGACCGAGACCGAGGCGUCGAGCGCUGCCGGCGCGCUCGGCAAGCCCGGGUCGGUCGCGCGACGCCUGAGCCAUCGUCCGAGCGCGUCGUCGAUCGAGACCGAGGCGAGCGUCGCCGUGCGACAACGCGAGAUGCUGCGCGGUGUCCUCGCCCCGACGAUGAAGGGCGCGUCGCUCCCCUCUCGCGCACCACCUGCGCCUCGACCGCCUCUUCCUCGCCUCGACCCGGGCCUGUCGACCGUCAAGCGCACGAGCGGCGUCCCUCUCGGCCUCUCGCACACCCUGUCGCCGUCGACGCCAAGCUCGCCCGCCGCCAAGCCGCUCCCGCCGGUCGCCGCUCGCCGAGUCAGCCGCGGCGGCGUCUUCGGCAUCCGCGAGUUCCUCCUUCGCCUGCGGUCCAAGGCGACCGAGGAGCUCGCCGCGUCGGUCGGCAGCAUACCCGUCGACUCGCAGCCGCACCCUCUCGCGGCUUUCACACCCUCGCUCGGCCGCCGGUCCGUCUCGGACCCCUCGACUCGCCCUCGCACGCCGGUCCGAGCGGGCGGCGCGUCGACCCUGCGCACCUCGGCACCGCCUCUCGCCUCGGCGCCGCCGUCGUCGUCUCGACAGUCGUCGUCGGGCGAGUCGGACGAGGACUGGGACGCCGACCUCGCCGACUCGGUCGGGUCGCCGCCAUCGCGCAGCUCGAUGCUCGACCUCGACCUCGGCCCCGACGCGUUGGUCGCGGCCGCCGUGUCGGCUCGGCGCGAGCGUACCCGGAGCGUCAUCGUUGCGGGCGCAGGGGCAGGUGCGGGUGCGGGCGCGGGCGCCAAGAGGGGCAAGGGCGGCGAGAUGAUGGUCAUCACGACCGAGGCGAUGCCGAGCCUGCUCGCCAAGGUGCGCGAGGUGCGCGAGGCGUGCGAGGCGUGCAUCGGGCUGCUCAAGGGCCUCACGGUGUAA